CUUUCAAGCAUAUCCACAUUUUUCCAUGCAUCUGGCAUCCGGACACGUGAACUUAUUGAUGCUGCAAAUGCUGAGGGUUGCUGCGUGUUAUCAUUACCUCGUGUCUUCGAAGUUCGUUGGACAGAAUUCACAUCGUCGUUAAUAGAAGUGGUCUUGAGAUCUUGGCGUGCUCUUGUUACCUAUUUCAAAAAAAGUAAUGAGAAAGAAGCUGCAGGUUUCUUGUCUUUUUUAACCAAAAAAGACAAUCUUGACCUGCUGACCUUCAUUGCAGAUUUGCUUUUUGUAUUUUCACGAUACCAGCAACAACUACAAUCGGACUCUGCAACACUAAUUGACAUGGACAGAUACACAUCCAAUGUGAAGGCAAAGGUGUUAGGAUUAAAAGAAACGGCUCUCCUCGGUGGAUGGGUUGAAGCUCUAAGCGAGCAAGUUUCAGAGGAAGAAGAUGGCACCGUUUCUUUAAAGGGAGUCGAAUUAAGCAGUGGAAAUGCAAGGCGCCGUCGACACAUUCAUCAUCUUUACGUCACUGAUACAAGGGACAUUGAUGCAAUUAAGAAUGAAAUCAUCGAGUCUCUGAAAGAAUUUUUAACGCAAAGGUUUUUGGACCAAGAAGAUGACAUUGAUCUGUUAAAGCCAUUUGUAAAUUUACAACAGUCAGUGGAUUUGAAGGAGGUCCACAAGCAAUUCUUCAAAGAUCUAGACUUAAUGGAACUUGGUAUGGAAUAUGAUGAUGUUCUUAGCAUGGAAGAUAUAGAGCAUUUCAGAAAGCUAUCACUGAGGGAACGAUUCCAAAUGUUUGUCCAGUCCGAAGAGCUGCCUAACCUCAAAGUUGCAUUUGCAAGGAUUCUUGCAGCCAAGCCACAUAGCGCAGAUGUAGAACGUCUGAUCAGCUGCAGUGUGGCACUGAAGUCUUCUGGUCGUAGUCGAAUGCUCCUUGAAACCGAAAACCUCAAUUUGUAUGUGCAUUAUAACAUGCCGUCGUUGGAUCAGUGGGAUCCUAAACCAGCAGUGAUGAGUUGGAUGAAUGAAAGAGCGCAUCGCGCCCGAGAUUGUCCAAAAAGAAAACAACAACAAUAUUUCAAGGGAAUAUUCUCGGAAGCUGCAAAACUCGAAGAGAAGUUGGCAGAUUGUGAAGAGGAACCAGCAAAGAAAAAAAAAGAAAACAUUUUAGUUUAA